UUUAUCUUUUCACCACAAAGAAACUUUCUUAAGGGCAAAUUCUUCAAUGGCAGAGGAAGUGAUAUUGCUAGACUUCUGGCCGAGCCCGUUCGGGAUGAGGGCGAAAAUCGCCCUGAGAGAGAAGGGCGUGCACUUUGAUUUGAGGGAGGAGGAACUUCUGAGCAACAAGAGCCCCCUGCUCCUGCAGAUGAACCCAGUCCACAAGAAAAUUCCCGUCCUCAUCCACAACGGCAAGCCAGUUUGCGAAUCCCACAUCAUCGUCCAGUACAUCGACGAGACUUGGGGUCCCGAGUCCCCUCUCUUGCCUUCCGAACCUCACGAGCGCGCCCGUGCCAGAUUCUGGGCCGACUACGUGGACAAGAAGAUAUUUCCUGCGGGACGGACGGCAUGGAGAUCGACAGGAGAGGCCCAAGAGGCGGCGAAGAAGGAGUAUAUCGAGGGCUUAAAGAUGCUGGAGGGAGAGCUUGGGGACACGGCUUACUUUGGAGGCGAGAGGUUUGGGUUUUUAGAUGUGUCGAUAAUACCGUUCUAUAGCUGGUUCUAUGCUGUGGAGACGUUGACAGGUUGUAGCUUCGAGGAGGAGUGCCCCAAGUUGGUGGGAUGGGCCAAGCGGUGCAUGCAGAGGGAGAGCGUGGCCAGGUCGUUGCCCGACCAGCACAAGGUCUAUGACUUCAUGUCGGAGGUCAGGAAGAAGGUUCAGGCGCAGUAAUAAUACUUUAGUCUCAUUAUGGUCAUUUCAUGACUCUUUUGUUCAUAACUCCUCUCCUUCGGAUGAGGCUUAGCUCUUUCUACUUUCAUGAUUUCCUUUUGGUAUUUGAGUAUUUCUGGACUAGCUAAUAAACUAUAUACACCAUUUCAUGAA